AUGUAUAACACAACUAGUUAUGUUAACCUUUUAAACAGUCAAAGUUCAGUUGUCCUUGAAUCACCCGAACCUGUUUGGUUCGAUAGCCAAGGUCCUGAUGAAUCUGUUGUCGAGUCUGCUGUCAAGGUGAGGAGGAAAUGGUCGCCGAAAGAGGAUAAAAUCCUUUUUGGUGCUUGGCUUAACACCAGUAAAGAUGCUGUUACCGGCAAUGAGCAGAAAGUUGGUGCUUUCUGGAAGAGGAUUGUAGAUUACUACAACGCAAGCCCUCAUCUGGUUGGGACAGUACCUAGAGGGCUUGUUCAGUGCAAGCAGAGGUGGGGUAGGAUCAACGAGCAGGUCAGCCAGUUCGUUGGAUGCUACAAUGCGGCUCUGAGAGAGCAUAAAAGUGGUCAAAAUGACGAUGAUGUGAUGAAAGCUGCGCUAGACUAUUUCUUCAAUGCUUACUCCCUCAAGUUCAGCCUCGAACAUGCCUGGAGGGAGCUGAGGCGAAAAGCGCAAACAUGUGUUGGAGGUGAUACAGAAGAUGAAGUGGGAGAACCGGAGGGUAGACCUGUUGGGGUCAAGGCUGCUAAGGCUUCUUUUAAGAGGAAGAAGAGUGGUAAAGAAGAGGAGUUGUCACAGUUACAGGCUAUCAUGGAAGUGAAACAAAAACUCUCUAAGCAGAAACUGCUUGAUCGUUUACUGGCCAAGAAAGAUCCACUCACUGAGAUGGAAACAUCUCUUAAACUCAAGCUUAUGUCUGAAAUGUUAUGA